AUGACAGCCUCCGUGGACACUUUCAAGUUUCACCUCCCCAACCACGGGGACGCCAUCCUCAGCAAAAUGAACGCUCUGAGGGAGGAUCACCUCUUCUGUGAUGUCACACUCCUUCUCGGGGGUCCACCAGCCACCGCCGUCCGGCCUUUGCAAUUCCAUGGCCACCGAGUGGUGCUUGCGGCGUCCUCAGACUUCCUGCGUGACCAAUUCUUGCUCCACGAGGGCCGGGCAGAGCUGAGCGUGGGAGUAGUUUCCAGUGUGGAGGUCGGUGAGAGACUGUUCCUGUCCUGCUACACCGGGUUCCUGGAGGUCCCUCUGAAGGAGCUGGUGAACUACCUCACUACAGCCAGUGCACUUCAGAUGAGCAAGGUGGUGGAGAAGUGUGCCCAGGCUGUCUCCCAGUACCUCAGUCCGACUCUGGCUUUCUUGAAUCUGGACAUGCGAUCAGAGGAGAAGGAAAUCCUGCCACCACAGGGUGGUUGGACAAUCCCCAGUUCCAAAAACCAGGAGGAAAGGGACGAAGCCCAACCCAUUACGAGUAUCCAGGAAGCGAACACAGAGGGAGGUGGCACGAUUGUGAUUCAGUCCAAGACGAGGCUCGGCCAAGAAGCGAAGGCGGAAAGUCAAGGACUGAGGGAGGUUAGAGAGAAGAGGAGGGGGGCAAGAGCUAAAAUACAGUCAUCUGAAGAUGCAGCCUUUUGUUUCAGUACCCGGGAGACACAGGAUGGGAGAGACAUCGAGCCAGUCACCCAGGCUGUUCACGAAAAUGAGCAAUCCUAUCAGGUUCACCAAAUGUCAGGUGUCCUGAGAUGUGUUCGACAUGAAGAGGCGCUGCACAGCUCCCGAAGCCCAAAUGAAAAACUCUCUGCUCAACUGCAAGAAUGUAGGGAGCAGAUGGACUCUGGUUUAUUCUGUUCCUCUGGAGCACAUCUGUCAAAGGGUCCCAGAUCUGGAGAUGAGCUGACAGAGGGUUCAGACUGCACGUCAGUCCAGAGGCCCUACCUGUGCAGGAGGUGUGACAGAGUCUUCCAGCACCUGGAAAGCUACGCUGGACACCUGAAGGAGCACAGACAGCACCUGUGUUUGGUCUGUGGGGAAGGCUUCUCCCAGAGGAGCACUCUGUCUCACCACAUACGUGUCCACACCGGGGUCAAGCCUCUCAGGUGCCCUCUGUGCCACAAGACAUUUUCUCACAAGGCCCCACUGCAAGAUCAUUUCAACCUGCACACUGGGGAGAAGCCACACAAGUGUAACUACUGUGCAAUGCACUUUGCAGACAAGCCAGGCCUCAGGCGCCACCUGAAGGAAAUCCAUAGCAAGAGUAGCCUGCAGAACAUGCAGGAGGAGCAGGAGGAGGACUGAGAAUGAAGUCGCAGGUUUAAGCUUGUGUUUUUUUUAUGCAGUUCUUAGAAAUUUCAAAGUACAGGUAUCAGAAUCGGUAUCAGGAAGCAAAAAAAGAUAUAUUUCAGAUGUUCUCUUGUGAUUAUUGGAACAAAAUCCCAACGUUUCCUGGUUUGUUUCCGCUUAUUGUGAGAGAAAUUCCUAAUACAAAGAGAAUUGAUUGAUAGACAGAUUUCUUCGUUCAUACAUUCUCCCCGCAUCUCAGGGAGGCUAUAAAACGUCACCCUUUGACCCGACUGAAAUUGUGUUCAGCUCACUGAGCAUUACGUGAUAAGUGAGUGGGUUGUCCCACAUGGCUGAGAGGGUUUUCAUGCUCCCUCACUGCGUCCUCUCCCUCCACGCGUCUCCUCGUUCUCCGCCUUUUAUCCUUUUGGCCCAGAAAUGCCACUCAUGCAAGUAUA